CGGUGCCCUGCGCGCGCUUCAGCGAUGGCUUCUCCACCGCGGCGGCGGCUCUGCCUGCGCCCCCGCCGCCUCCUGCUCUUCCUGCCCCUGGUCCUGCUGCCGCUCUGCGGCGCCUUCAACCUCGACGUGGACAGUCCCGCCGAGUACUCCGGCCCCGAGGGCAGUUACUUCGGCUUCGCUGUGGAUUUCUUCGUGCCCAGCGCGUCCUCCAGGAUGUUUCUUCUGGUGGGAGCACCCAAAGCAAAUACUACCCAGCCUGGGAUUGUAGAAGGAGGGCAAGUCCUCAAGUGUGAUUGGUCUUCUCACCGCAGAUGCCAGCCAAUUGAAUUUGAUGCAACAGGCAAUAGAGAUUUUGCCAAGGAUGAUCCAUUGGAAUUUAAGUCCCAUCAGUGGUUUGGAGCAUCUGUGAGGUCAAAGCAGGAUAAAAUUUUGGCCUGUGCCCCUCUGUACCACUGGAGGACUGAAAUGAAGCAGGAGAGGGAGCCCGUGGGAACGUGCUUUCUUCAGUACGGAGCGAGGACUGUCGAGUACGCUCCAUGCAGGUCAAAAAGUAUUGAUGCUGAUGGACAGGGAUUUUGUCAAGGAGGAUUCAGCAUUGAUUUUACUAAAGCUGACAGAGUACUUCUUGGUGGUCCUGGUAGCUUUUAUUGGCAAGGUCAGCUCAUAUCGGAUCAAGUGGCAGAAAUUGUAUCUAAAUAUGACCCCAAAGUUUAUAGCAUCAAAUAUAAUAACCAGUUAGCAACUCGGACUGCACAAGCUGUUUUUGAUGACAGUUAUUUGGGUUACUCUGUGGCUGUUGGCGAUUUCAAUGGUGAUGGCAUAGACGACUUUGUUUCAGGAGUUCCAAGAGCAGCGAGGACUCUGGGAAUGGUUUAUAUUUAUGAUGGGAAAAACAUGUCCUCCUUAUACAAUUUUACUGGUGAGCAGAUGGCCGCAUAUUUUGGAUUUUCUGUCGCUGCCACUGACAUUAAUGGGGAUGAUUAUGCAGAUGUGUUUAUCGGUGCACCUUUGUUCAUGGACCGUGGUUCUGACGGCAAACUCCAAGAGGUGGGACAGGUCUCAGUGUCUCUGCAGAGAGCUUCAGGAGACUUCCAGAUGACCAAGCUGAAUGGCUUUGAGGUCUUUGCGAGGUUUGGCAGUGCCAUUGCACCUUUGGGAGAUCUGGACCAGGAUGGCUUCAACGAUAUUGCAAUUGCUGCUCCAUAUGGAGGUGAAGAUAAAAAAGGAAUCGUUUAUAUUUUCAAUGGAAGAUCAACGGGCCUGAAUACGCUGCCAUCUCAAAUCCUGGAAGGGAAGUGGGCUGCCCAGAGCAUGCCACCAAGCUUCGGCUACUCAAUGAAAGGAGCCACGGACAUAGACAAAAAUGGAUAUCCAGACUUAAUUGUAGGAGCUUUUGGUGUAGAUAAAGCUGUGUUAUACAGAGCCAGGCCGGUUAUCACUGUAAAUGCUGGCCUUGAGGUGUACCCUAGCAUUUUAAAUCAAGACAAUAAAACCUGCCCACUGCCUGGGACAGAUCUGAAAGUUUCCUGUUUUAACGUCAGGUUCUGCUUAAAGGCAGAUGGCAAAGGAGCACUUCCCAAGAAACUUAACUUCCAGGUGGAGCUUCUUUUGGAUAAACUGAAGCAAAAAGGAGCAAUUCGACGAGCACUAUUUCUCCAUAACAGGUCCCCGGGUCACUCCAAGAACAUGACCAUUUCAAGAGGGGGCCAGAUGCAGUGUGAGGAGCUGAUUGCAUAUCUACGGGAUGAAUCUGAAUUUAGAGACAAACUCACUCCAAUUACUGUUUUUAUGGAGUAUCGAUUGGAUUAUAGAACAGCUACUGAUGCAACAGGCUUGCAACCCAUUCUUAACCAGUUCACUCCUGCCAACGUCAGUCGACAGGCUCAUAUUCUCCUCGACUGUGGUGAAGACAAUGUCUGUAAACCCAAACUGGAAGUUUCUGUAGAUAGAGAUCAAAAGAAGAUCUAUAUUGGAGAUGACAACCCUCUGACAUUGAUCGUUAAGGCUCAGAACCAAGGAGAAGGUGCCUAUGAAGCUGAACUCAUCGUGUCCAUCCCACCGCAGGCUGAUUUCAUCGGGGUUGUCCGCAAUAGUGAAGCCUUAGCAAGACUUUCCUGUGCAUUUAAGACAGAAAACCAAACCCGCCAGGUGGUAUGUGACCUCGGAAACCCGAUGAAGGCUGGAACUCAACUCUUAGCUGGUCUCCGUUUUAGUGUGCACCAGCAAUCAGAGAUGGAUACUUCUGUGAAAUUUGAUUUACAAAUCCAAAGCUCCAAUCUUUUUGACAGAGUAAGCCCAGUGGUAUCUUACAGAGUUGACCUUGCUGUUUUAGCUGCUGUUGAGAUAAGAGGAGUCUCAAGUCCUGAUCAUAUCUUUCUUCCGAUUCCAAAUUGGGAGCACAAGGAGAACCCUGAGACCGAAGAAGACGUUGGGCCAGUUAUUCAGCACAUCUAUGAGCUGAGAAACAACGGCCCCAGUUCGUUCAGCAAGGCAAUGCUAAACCUUCAGUGGCCUUACAAGUAUAACAACAACACCUUGUUGUACCUCCUCCAAUAUGACAUUGACGGGCCCAUGACCUGCGCUUCAGAUAUGGAGAUCAACCCUUUGAGAAUUAAGGUCUCAAAUUCACAAAUAGCCGAGAGGAAUGACACUGUUGCUGGGCAAGGUGACCGGAACCAUCUCAUCACCAAGCGAGACCUCACCCAGAGUGAAGGAGAUGUUCACACUUUGGGUUGUGGAAUUGCUGAGUGCUUGAAGAUCGUCUGCCAGGUUGGACGACUAGACAGAGGAAAGAGCGCAAUCCUGUAUGUAAAGUCUCUCCUGUGGACUGAGACCUUUAUGAAUAAGGAAAACCAGAAUCAUUCAUACUCUCUGAAGUCAUCUGCUUCAUUUAAUGUCAUCGAGUUUCCUUAUAAGAACCUUCCAAUUGAGGAUAUCUCUAACUCCACAUUAGUUACCACUAAUGUCACCUGGGGCAUUCAGCCAGCGCCCAUGCCUGUGCCUGUGUGGGUGAUCAUUUUAGCAGUUCUAGCAGGACUGUUGUUACUGGCUGUUUUGGUGUUUGUGAUGUACAGGAUGGGCUUUUUUAAACGUGUUCGGCCACCUCAAGAGGAACAAGAAAGGGAACAGCUUCAACCUCAUGAAAAUGGUGAAGGAAACUCGGAAACUUAACUGUGAUUUUUUUUUAAGUUAUGCUACAUCCUGACCAUGACAAUUACCAAUGUCACUAUAGAUUGCAAUUUCCUUCGUGAGGACUAAAAUUCUAAGACUUUCCUGCUGACCCAUUGGUAUUAACCACAGAAUGAGAGCAAUAUCUUGUCAACCUUUUCGUUAUAAAAAAGUUCAGACAUACAUUUAAUACAAUCCACUGACUUGUGUUUUUAGGUAUUUAAAUAAUAAAAUUUCAAGUGAUAGUUCUUUAAUGUACAUAAGACAGGUGGUGCCUGAGUUACCACUUUAUGUAAAAUAGUACCUUCUAUAAUGACUGUUUCUGGUUUGUAUGUUGUAUUUUGUUGUUUGUUGUUGUUGUUGUUCUAAAGCAAUUCAUAUCUGGACCUUAGCAUCCACAUCGUUUGUACAGGUACUUAAUGUUAAUACACAUUACACUACAGUUGAGUUUUCAAGUUACUAAAGACUUUAUAACUCCAUGAACUUAGAUUUUAAUAUUACCUACAUGGUAAAGUUAAAAAAAGACCCCAUCAAAGUUCUUUCCUGUAAUAGAUAGGUAUACUAUUUUGUUUUAAUAUGAAAUUGGGUACAUGCUAUUAAAUUUUUAUUUAUAUUUAAUCUAAAACCCAUUUUAU